GUGUUCCUCUGGAGUUGACAGGAUUUUCCUUCGGUAAAUCAGCGAAAACAAGGAAAAUAAACAAAAUUGAGUUUCAAUCAGUUGCCCAAUUGAAAAAGACUUUACAUAGGGGAAUGUUAUUCCUGGUUCCAAAAAGUCAACUGUUUGAUACAGCAUACAGUGACGACUUGCCAGAUCUGGACACAGACAGAUCCAUGGCAGCAGAUGUUUUAAUUGAAGAGGAAUCAGAAUCAGAUCUGAACAGUAUUACAGAGCAUGAGGAAAAGAACACUGCUGCUGAUGCAGAAGUUGUUGGUGAUGUGCUUUCUAAAGAUGGAGAUACAGAUAUUAAUAAGACUCGUCUAUUACGACAACAACAAGAUGAAGAGUUUCAACUAUGUUUAAAACAAGAUAGAGAAAAGAGUGAAAAUGUUGAACUGGAAAGAAGAAAAGAAAUCUAUCUCCAAGUGCUAAGGGAACAAAGAAAACAGAAAGUUGUGGAUGAGCCAGUGGAUGGUUUCAUUGUUAAAAUUAACCAUGGAACUGCAUUUGUAUACAGAAAGUGUACAGAAUCUUCACCAGUAGAGGUUCUUCUGAAUUUUGUGGGUGCCUUGGAAUGUGCAUCGGAGUUCUUCCGAUUGUUCAUUCCAGGGACAAAGCUUGCCCUCUACUCGCAUAAACAGUAUGGGACAAUGCGUGAUGUUGGCAUUAGAACAAGCUGUUCGAUGCAAGUUCGCUGGCUGAACGAGGAAGAUAUGGAUGGGGAAGAUAUGGAUGUUGGAGACGAAAAUGAUGAUGCAAAGACAGAUGCAGAGAUAGAAAAUGCUCAUAAUUUGCAUUCUGAGACCAUUGAAGAAAAUAAGGAAAUUGAAUUGAUCUCUGACUUACCCACAAUGGAAUGAUCUUGAUGUUGUUACUAUAAGUGAUUCAGAGUCGGAGUCUUCAAGUGAAGAUGAGAUCCUUCCAAGAGAAAGUCAAAAUAGUUCUGAUGAGAAUCUCAUCAUAACAUUAACACAGUUAGAAACACUCAUUAACCGACAUGUAAUCACUCGGAUGAAUAUACAUAGGCCAUCAAGUUGGGAUACAACAGUGAGGAAAUUGACGAGUGGAACAUUCAAGCCAGAAAAUGACUUACUCAUCAAAUUUUCUGAUGAAUUUGGAACGUCUGAGGAAGGAAUUGGAGGAAGGAAUUGACCAAGGAGGCCCAAAGAGGGAAUAUUUCUGUCUUGUUAUGGAGCAUUUGCUCCAUUCCCACUUAUUUGAAGGACCUCCAAAUUCGAGAAUUAUCUCUAUGAAUAAAGCAGCUUGUGACAACAACCAUUUUUUGGCUGCUGGGAGAUUGAUCGCACUGUCAAUUGUUCAUGGAGGUCCUGCACCACAUUGUUUCUCUCCCCUCAUGGUCCAUGCCUUGCAGUUUGGACCUAAAGAAACCAAGGUUAAAUGGUAAGACCUUCCGGAUGGAGAACUAAAAGAAGACUUGAAGGAGCUACUAAAGGCACGGACAGAAACAGCUAGGAGUCGGGCCAUGGGAAAAUUGGAACAUUUCUUUACCUAUGCUGGAAUCCCAUUUUACAAUUGUUCCACCCAGGAAUCUGUGGAACAGCUUGUUAAAACAGCCUCACAUUCAUACAUGUUUGAUCGGACUAGCGAGGCAUUUAGACAGUUUAGACAAGGAUUAGACAUCUUGAAAGUGGGGGAUAACAUCAAAUCUGUGAAAUGGACCCAGGAUAAUUUUGAGGACCUAUUUCAAUAUCAGCUCGAUGAGCCAGGAUCAAAUUCCCGGGUGAACCAAGCCCAGUGCAUUGCUUUUUGGAGGGAUUAUUUGGAGGAGGUAGAAGAAGAAACUGUGGCGCUGAAGUUCAGUCAGAUUCUCCAGUUUUGUACUGGAGCAAAAGAGGUGCCACCAUUGGGAUUCAGUCCACAACCAACAAUUGCUUUUUGGGACGAAAAGUACCCGAAAGCCAAUACAUGUGCAAAUACACUGGUUUUACCCACUACAUCCAAGAGGUAUAAGGAAUUUGUGGGGAACAUUGAAUUUGGCAUUUUGAACGCUCAGGGUUUCCUCAUUGAGUGAAAGAUGUAUAUAGGUAUACAGCAUUUUUAGCCCACCAUCAACAGAUGGUGGGCUAUUCAAAUCACUCUGCGUCAAUGGUCCGUCCUUCUUCUGUCCGUAAACAGUUCUUGUUACCGCUACUUCUCGGAACGUACUGGAGGUUUCUUUUUGAAAGGAGGUGGUGCAUGGUGGCCCAUGGCGGAAUCUUAUUUUAUAAAUGAUAUUAUGAUAGACUUUCACCAAAUACAUGUCAUUUUAGACACUA